AUGCGAAAAAAUACAAGAUUUUCUACGGAUUCAGAUAGGAAAAGAAUUAUCUCGAAUCUCUCAAUAAAAUCAAUAAAUUCUACUACAAUUAAUACUACAACUGAUGCUACUCUUCCUCGUUUAGAAUCUAAUUAUUUCAUUAAAAGUAGACUUAAAAAAAGUACUCAUUAAAUACGAUUUAACAGAUCACCUAUGAAAAUGUCAUAACCAAAUAAUAUGCUUGAAAAUUAAUCUAUUAAAUAAUCAACUAAAAUCUUACUUAAUUCUGUUGUCUUUGAACUUGAUAAAUUAGCUAUAGCAUUAAAACAUAAUUCAACCUAAGCUCAAGAUAUACUCAAUCUUACUAUUGAUUUAAUGAAUAUGUUAGGAUCUGAUUAUGAUCGAUUAGAAAUCUAUUUAAUUGUUCUCUAAAAUAAAUGCAAAUCUUAAUGUGUCUCUUUGGGAUUACUAUUUACUUUUCUUAUAGCAAUAAUUCAAGAAACUUAUGGACAUACUAAAGGAGCUUUGACAUAAUAUAAAUACAUGAAUGAUACAGCAAAUAAACAUUAAUUAUUUUAAUGUAAAAUGAUGGUAUAUUAUAGAAUUGGAUUGCUUUUAAAUAGAUUAAAAUAAUUUGAAAAAUUAUUAGUAAUAGGUAAAAAGUUAUUAAAGUUAAGUUGGUAUUAUUCAGAUUAAGAGUAUGAAUCGAAAUCUUACUAUUUGAUUUCAAAGGGAUACAAUGGAAUUUAAGAUAUGGAAAUGUCUGUUAUAUUUAUGAAUAGAUAUCUUGAUGGAAUAUUGUAAUAGAAUGAUCAUAUCAAAAAUAUAGGCAUACAAUAAAUUGCUAUGUAUCAUAGAAGAACAUUGGAAUCGAGACAUAAGAGUCCUUCAUCAGAUGAUUUCAAUUUGGAAAUUUUCAGAUAAAAAAUGGAAAGAAAUUAUAUCAAAAUGAAAAUGAUUGGAGGUAAGUUAGCAUUUAAAUUAUAAUCAUCUGAAUGUGAUAUUUGUGCUUAAUAUGGCAGGAAUUAUGAAAGAAUCUAAACUGAAGAUGAACAUCCAUACAAAAAGAAUUUGGUUUUGCAUACUGAUAGUAGAAAUAGGGAUUUGAUAGGAUACUUUGAUUCAGAAUAAAUCUAAUAAAUGUAUAUUCCAUCAAAAACUUUGCCCAUUCUAAAAUAAUUAAUAUUAAAAUUCAUUUCUUAUAUAUGA